ACAACAAUGGAGCUGAGAGGGAGGCUCUGGAGGCAUUUCCCCCACCAUCUACAUCACGUUUGAGUCUUUUUAAAAUUUGUGUUCUUGUUUCUAAGAGUUGCUUCUUAAUUUCAGCACAAAACCACAAGAGCACGUUUCUGCUGAAAACAUCUUUUUCCAGACGGAGACGAUGGACGUCUGAACAAACUGCAGUAACCAGAAGAACCCGAGGCGUCGCUGUCAGCAUCAUUGCUACGACUUUACCAUCAGGGAGUGUGAAGGACUCAGACAGCUCAGAGACCGAACCAUGCAGACCGUGAAGUGUGUGGUUGUGGGUGACGGUGCCGUGGGGAAGACCUGCCUCCUGAUCUCCUACACCACUGGAGCCUUUCCCAAAGAGUACAUCCCCACCGUGUUUGACAACUACAGCAGCCAGGUGACGGUGGAUGGUCGGGUCAUUAGCCUGAACCUGUGGGACACGGCUGGUCAGGAGGAGUACGACCGGCUGAGGACACUGUCCUAUCCACAGACCAACGUCUUCAUCAUCUGCUUCUCCAUUUCUAGCCCUGCCUCCUACGAGAACAUCAAACACAAGUGGCACCCAGAGGUGACCCACCACUGUCCCAGCGUUCCCAUUCUCCUAGUUGGCACCAAGAGCGACCUCCGGAAUGACAAUGAGAUCCAGAGAAAGCUGAAGGAGCAGAACCAAGCUCCCAUCACCCACCAGCAGGGCCUCAGCUUGCACCGGCAGAUCCAGGCAGUCCGCUACAUGGAAUGCUCUGCUCUGAACCAGGAUGGCAUCAAAGAGGUGUUCAGCGAGGCCGUGAGAUCCUACCUCAACCCGCAAUCCACCGUCACGAAGAAGCCCUGCGUCCUGCUCUAACAGCCAGAGAACCACGACUCGGUUCUGCUGUCCGAGGGACUGCUCAAAUUAUUCUAUUUAAGAUUUUAAUUUGCUUUUUACAUUGAAUAUUUCUAUUAGAAAGCAUGAUGUGGAGGACUGAAGCAUUGGUGUUCAGAACUUCUGAUGUGUGUAGCUCCAACAGAACCGGGCUCUUCUAUAUGUCCCUCAAACAUAAACUCAAUAUUAAAUCCA